CCGGAGCCGCACAUGGGCCGGCGGCGACGCGGGGGCGGGGCUGAGGCGGUGAGUGCCGAGCGCCGCCCGCCGCCGCCGCGCCAGACGUGCCCCGCGAGUCCGCAGAGCCGCGGUGCUGCUCCCGCGCUGCCGCAGACAUGCUCCGUUUAUCUACAGUACUCCGUCAGAUCAGACCCGUGUCCAGAGCCCUCGCCCCCCAUCUAACACGAGCCUAUGCAAAAGAUGUGAAGUUCGGAGCAGACGCGAGAGCUCUGAUGCUACAAGGAGUAGAUCUUUUAGCAGAUGCUGUAGCUGUUACCAUGGGGCCAAAGGGAAGAACAGUUAUUAUUGAGCAAAGCUGGGGAAGUCCCAAAGUGACAAAAGAUGGUGUGACAGUAGCAAAGGCAAUUGACUUGAAAGACAAAUACAAAAACAUCGGAGCCAAGUUAGUUCAAGACGUUGCCAACAACACCAACGAGGAAGCAGGAGAUGGUACCACUACUGCAACAGUCCUUGCACGAGCUAUUGCCAAGGAGGGCUUUGAGAAGAUCAGCAAAGGAGCCAACCCAGUAGAAAUCAGGAGGGGGGUGAUGCUGGCAGUGGAUGCCAUCACAGCUGAACUGAAGAAGCUGUCAAAACCUGUUACAACUCCAGAAGAAAUUGCACAGGUUGCCACAAUAUCAGCAAAUGGAGAUCAGGAAAUUGGCAAUAUAAUCUCUGAUGCAAUGAAAAAAGUUGGCCGAAAGGGUGUGAUCACUGUCAAGGAUGGAAAAACUCUAAAUGAUGAACUGGAAAUCAUUGAGGGUAUGAAAUUCGACAGAGGCUACAUCUCUCCAUAUUUUAUUAACACAACUAAAGGGCAGAAAUGUGAAUUCCAGGAUGCUUAUGUUUUAAUCAGUGAAAAGAAAAUCUCUAGUGUACAGUCCAUAGUUCCAGCUCUUGAAAUUGCCAAUGCCAACCGCAAACCUUUGGUCAUCAUUGCUGAAGAUGUUGAUGGAGAAGCCCUCAGCACUCUAGUCUUGAACAGGCUGAAGGUUGGCCUUCAGGUUGUUGCUGUAAAAGCACCAGGUUUUGGUGACAACAGGAAAAACCAGCUUAAGGACAUGGCAAUUGCUACUGGUGGUGCUGUGUUUGGAGAAGAGGGCUUGAACCUAAAUGUGGAAGAUAUUCAGCCUCAUGACUUUGGUAAAGUUGGAGAGGUCAUUGUGACAAAAGAUGAUACCAUGCUCCUCAAGGGGAAGGGUGAAAAGGCUCAGAUUGAGAAACGCAUUCAAGAAAUAAUCGAACAGCUGGAGGUCACCACCAGUGAAUAUGAAAAAGAGAAACUGAAUGAGAGGCUGGCCAAACUCUCUGAUGGAGUAGCAGUAUUGAAGGUGGGCGGGACGAGCGAUGUCGAGGUGAACGAGAAGAAGGACAGGGUCACCGACGCCCUGAACGCCACCCGCGCCGCCGUGGAGGAGGGCAUCGUCCCAGGGGGCGGCUGUGCCCUGCUGCGCUGCAUCCCAGCCUUAGAUGCCUUAACUCCAGCCAACGAGGAUCAGAAAAUUGGCAUUGAAAUAAUCAAGAGAACACUGAGAAUCCCAGCAAUGACUAUUGCAAAGAAUGCCGGUGUUGAAGGAUCAUUGAUAGUUGAAAAAAUCCUGCAGAGCCCAUCAGAAGUUGGCUACGAUGCAAUGCUUGGGGACUUUGUAAAUAUGGUAGAAAAAGGAAUCAUAGACCCAACUAAGGUUGUGAGAACUGCUCUGAUGGAUGCUGCAGGUGUUGCAUCUCUCCUAUCAACAGCAGAGGCAGUGGUGACUGAAGUUCCUAAAGAAGAAAAGGAGCCGGCAAUGGGAGGAAUGGGUGGGAUGGGUGGAGGAAUGGGAGGUGGCAUGUUCUAAUUCCUGGGGUAGGGAUGCAUCAUGAGCUGUGCUGUUGAAGACUGACAGUUCUGACUUCAAAAACUUGAGCUAUCAGUGUGAGAGGAUGGAUAGUGACUGAAGUGAGGCUGGUGUUGAAAAGAAUCACUGUAACCAUCAGUUACCGGAUUUCAUUUAACACACGUGUAAUUGUUUACAGUCAUUGUCCAUGCCUACAGAUAAUUUAUUUUGUAUUUUUUGAAUAAAGACAUUUGUACAUUCCUGAUAA